AAGGGGGGGAGAUAUAACUCUUACGAAACUAGGCAUAGUGUGGAGAAAUUGGGCAGAUAGGGGAAAAAAUCCCUCGUAAUACUAGAAAGUGGGGUUACCAGCUGUCUAAAUCGAUUGCUGGUAGGUUAAAAGCAAAUAGCAGAAAGUGUUUCUUCUAACAAUGCACAUUUACCUUGUGGAAUUUAAUGUCAGGUGAUAAGGUGAUAGGUAGUAACUUAAAUGGCUAUGAAGAGAAAUAGAUUCCUGGAGGAUCGGUCCAUCAAUGAGUAUCAUCAACCAUGAUAGCUAAAUGGCACUUCUGUGUUACAUAGGCUCUGAAAACCUAUGAAAAACAACACUACCAAUCAACAGGCACAAAUACCCCAUCUUUUUCCUUUCUAACAGAAAGAAAACAGAGGAAGUGAUGGGAAAACACAGGAGGGUAACAAGAAAAACAUGGUGUCUGGAAACCACCCACAUUCCAAGAGUGAGAUAGGAUAAUUGCCCCCUGAAAGCUUCAUCUGGAAACAUCCUGGGAAGGAUUAUCAAGUGCAGCUGCUUGCUCUUCAGAAAGAGCAUGUCAAGUACAUCUAUCUGAAAACCCAUCAGUUCCAACCGGACUAUGUAAAAAUAAACAUACACAUUAUGAAGAUCUGGGAGACAGAGUAUCCACCCAACUGCUUCCAAACAGAUUUGCUUUCACCAGUAAGGCAACUGCCCCAUUUAUGAUGGCUAACAGCACCCUAGCACCUCCUCCUGGCUGUGGCAACAUUGACCCCAACUAUUAUUUCCUCUGUGAUGUCUGCGAAGCCUGGGGCAUCAGUUUAGAGACUGUGGCUGCUGCAGGCAUCGUGGCUUGCCUGGCAGUUCUGCUGACAUGCUUCAUUUUUGCUUGGAGGGUCGAAGAUAAGAACAAGAAAAACAUGGCUGCUCUUCAGUUCCUCUUCAUUCUGGGCACCCUGGGAAUCCUCAGCCUCCCCUUUGCCUUCAUCAUCAGGCUUAAUAAAAUCACUGCCCCCACUCGUUUUCUCUUGCCCGGGGUCCUAUUUGCCCUCUGCUUUUCUUGCCUUCUGAUGCAUGCCUUCAAUCUCAUCAGGCUGGUGAGAGGAAAGGUUCCCUAUUCACAGCUCUCAAUACUGCUCCAUGCUUUGGGUCUCACGUUUGUUCAGGUCAUCAUAGCUAUCCAAUACAUUGUCCUCACUGUAGGACGAGAUGGCAUAGAUCUUGCUAGAAUGGGACGGGAACAACGCAACAAAGACUUUGUCAUCCUUCUGACCUACGUGAUUGUCCUCAUGGUCUUUGCCUUUCUGAUUUCUACACUUACUUUCUGCGGACCAUACAAAGGCUGGAAGAAGCACGGGACAUACAUCUUUGUCACUCUUUUCUUCUCCAUUGCCAUCUGGGUAGCAUGGAUCAGUGUGUUACUUGUGAGUGGUACAUCUGACAGUGUCCAAAGCAAGUGGGAUGACCCACUUAUUGGUGCUGCUCUGGUGGCGAAUGGAUGGGUUUUCUUGAUGAUGUAUACAGUGCCAGAGAUUUGCUUCCUUGCUACCCCAUGCAAAGCUGGGUACUAUCCUCCAGAGAAGCCUGCAACCACACAACAAAUUGUUGAAGAGAGUACUCAAGCCCCAGAUAAAGAAGGAGCUGAGGAAGAUGUUUUGCUUCCCCCAAAUGGGAACAGCCUCCAGCUAGAGAACUCUGAAGGUGAACCACAUUUCUUAAUCCCUCGGGUAAUGCUUCAUCCAGCAUACAAGCAGGACAUGGUGGGGUGCUCCGAAGCCAAGAAAGAACCAACAACAGACAAAAAUUGAAUUUUAACAUGCAUAGAACCCAGAAAAAGCUCUGGGUUCCUUUAUUGGCCAGCUUCUCUUUUACCAGGCAGUCCUCUGCCCACCUUAAGAUCACUGGAGUUUUCCAACCUUCAUUAACAUCUUCCAAACAUGUCCCACCAGACCAACUUUUCUAUCCUCCUACCAUGAAAUUCUAACCCCUGUCCUAUUGGUGGUUUGCAGUCCAGAGGAACUUUAUCUAUGUAUUGUGAUUUAAUACUGUGCCAAGACCUAGAAAAUCUAAGCUGCUUUGGGGUUCAUUGUGGCAUACUACAUACUACUACAAGUAUAUCCAGAUUUACUGUUUCUUUGCCUGUAAGUUAGAAAACUGUAUUCUUUUCUCUUCCACAGUGCACUUGCUUCCCACUGUUUUGCAGUUUUCAGCGUUCCUCUAUCCGCCAUGAAACUCUAGGGCACAGAUACUUACUAGCCAACUUUGCUGACCUUUAAAUUCAUUUGUGUCUCCACAUUGUUGAUCUGCCACAUACACACACCAUUUGUAAAUAUUGCAAAACGGUGUGCCCUUUGAAUUCAGAGUUUUGUGCUUGGCAGUCCUACAGAUGGGAGGUCCUUUUGAUGCCUUCAGUGUUGGCAGCUCAAUGUGCAACAAGAAGGUUCAAAAGUCACAGUGCUGGCACUCUGUCCCCUGCCUUAUUCCCAAUAGCAUGGUGGGCUCAAUUGUGGGCACUCACAGCUUCCCUCCUCGUCCUCUCCCUCCUUCCUUUUUUGAUGUGGCAACAUUGCACAAGCACAGUGUACAUUCACACUAGAGCUGUGCAGACUUGUGUUUUUGGAGAAUCGUUUUCUUUAAUACCCCAGGUAGCAGUGGGAAAUUCAGCCCACAAAUCUGCAGAGCUCUAUUUCCAAUCCCUCUCUGCUGUGUCAGUGAGCACUGGUGCCAUUUGAAACAUCAUGCCUAGGCUUUGAUGCAUCCUUUCACACACAAAGAUCAAACUUGCUCCUCCUCUAGUGCCACUUGACUUGGAGAUUGGUCUCUCUCUACCUGGAAAGCUGUGAAAGUGUAUCAAAUGCCCUGAGACAACAAGCCAGCAAUCUGAGACAGGGAAACCCAAACUUCACUGUACUCAAUUUUCAGAAUUGCAAACAAUACUAGAAUGCGGGGUUUCAAGAUUUAAAAGCAAAUAUAUCAACAAUAUGAAAGCACGAAAUAAAAUCCCUUUGAAACCAUCUAAAAACACAUUUUUUAAAAAAGCAAAUCCCUCCUUAAGUUCCCUUCCUGAGCAGCAAUUCGUGUUAAACGCUUGCCUGGAAAGAAAGGUCUUUGCCUACUGGCAGAAGGACA